UUAUUUGCACAAAGACAACCCGGAAGUUAAACCUCAGUGUUUUGAAGCACGCUAACCGAGAGUAACGUGAGGUCUCUCUUGCUACACAAUGAUUAUUCCGGUGCGGUGUUUCACGUGUGGGAAAAUCGUUGGCAAUAAAUGGGAGGCUUAUUUGGGUCUGCUCCAGGCUGAAUAUACAGAAGGUGAUGCUCUCGACGCGCUUGGGCUGAAGAGAUACUGCUGUCGAAGAAUGUUGCUGUCUCACGUGGACCUCAUUGAGAAGCUGCUGAAUUACGCACCCCUUGAGAAAUAAACAUGCAUGAGACUGUCCAACACAACAGCGGUCACUUGUAUUGACCAUCACACAAUGGAUUACGUCAGUUUGCAAUACGUUCCCACUCUUUUCUGUUUAUGUGUCUUUUUGUAAUAAAAGUUCGAAAUGAUCAACUA